UUCUUAAAAUUGGAUCUGGAUUUGGGGAUUUGAGUCCGAUUCUAAACCCUGGUUAAACCCCGUCGAUUUCUCGGAGCUCUAGCAUUUCUCAGAUGAACACAAUCCAUUUCUUCCGCCGCUCUCUUCCAAACUCUGUAAGCCGAUGCCAGCGGCGUACGCUUUACGACGCCGCCUCAUCCAUCAUAUGCGUCCGCGACAGGGGCCUCGACCACGCCGUGGAGAGGGAGAAGAACCUGAAGCCGGUGUGGAACGUCAAGAACCUCAUCAAAUCCGAGCCUUCAAAGUCUCUCCCUCUCAACAUCAUCACUCAAUCCAGGGACUCUCUUGAAAUCCCCACCCGCCCCAUCGAGUUCCUCCGCAAAUACCCUGCAAUUUUUCAGGAAUUUUUCCCUGGUGGGGUGAAUAUCCACCCCCACAUCAAACUCACCCCCGAAGUACUCAACCUUGAUUUGGAAGAGCAGCUGCUCUACCAGAGCGUCAGCUACCGGGAGAAUUUGGCCGACCGGAUCUUGAAGCUUUUGAUGAUUGGUAAAUCUAAUAAAUUUCCACUGUCUGUUCUUGACACUCUUAGAUGGGAUCUGGGUUUGCCCCACAAUUUCGUGAACAUUAUAGUUCCAGAGUUCCCGGACUAUUUCCGGGUGAGUGAUGAUGGGGCAACCUUGGAAUUAGUUUGCUGGAGUCAUGAGCUUGCUGUUUCCGAGAUGGAAAAGAGUGCCAAGAAAGAUGGAAGCUUGGGACUUGAUGUUGAAUCCCCGGUUAACUUUUGUUUGAAGCAUUCUACCGGGUUUGAGAUGGAUAAAAAGUACCAAAAAUGGGUUAAUGAGUGGCAAAAGUUGCCUUACCUUUCACCUUACAAGAGUGCAAUGCACCUUGCUCCAAAUUGUGAAGAGUCGGAUAAAUGGGCAGUAGGUGUUUUGCACGAACUUCUUAGUUUGUUUGUUGGGAAAAAGGCAGAGAAGGAUAAUGUGCUUGUUCUUGGAGAGCAUUUGGGUCUACGGUCUAGAUUCAAAAGAGCAUUGCUACAGCAUCCAGGGAUAUUCUACAUUUCGAGUAAAAACAGGACACAUACUGUGGUCUUGAAAGAUGCAUAUAAAAGGGGCGUUUUGGUUGCCAAGUGCCCAAUGAUGGAAAUGAGAUUCAAAUAUGCUCGUUUGAUGAAUACUUUGAGCGACGAUAAAAAAACAAGUUGUGCACAUGGAAGAAUUAGUAUUGACUUGAAGGGAAGGAAACAAGAGAAGUUAGAUGAUGAGGAUGGGGGAGAAGAAGAUAGAGAUUUUAGUGAUGACUAUGAAGAUGAGGACCAGGAACAAGAUGAAGAAGAAGCAACGAUUAGAGGAAGAUCAAGUUUUAAAACAAAAGAUGAAGAUACAUCUAGAAGCAUAACUAGGAGAUUAGAUCGCAGAGACUCCAUUCGGAAAAAGGAAUGUCCUCCGCGAUCUAGGAGAAGAGUAGCAAAUCAUGACAUGCACGAGGAGGUAAAGGAAGCAAAGAAUGGAAGGAGGACAAAUUUUAGCACAACCUUUGACAGGAAGAAUCUUUUAAGAAGGUUUAGACCGGAUUGCAAAACAAGGAGAGGGGAAAGAAGCAGCCAUAUUUGACAUUGGAGGAACUGCAGCACUUCUCUGGUUAUACGGUUGUGAAAUGGGGUUGCUAUGAGAUGGGGUUUCUGUGAGAUGACUACUGAGUACUGACCCCUUUUUUUUUCAAGUCUAAAGAGUCUACUUUUAAGAAGAAUUUCAUGUGUUACAAAAAUGGAUUUAGAGGUUUCGUUGCGUUGUAUUUCCUAUGUUUCUUCCAUAGCUUUUUACCACGGCAGCAAACGGUUUUCAUGGCUCAUAGUUGCUAAUACAAAGUGGUAAACAAGAGGUCUGUUGUUAUGCAUAAAAUCAUAUGCAAAUC